GAGCAACCCCUUUCCCUUCGAGGGGAUAACGAGAUCAUCAGCCACCAACACAGGACAACAACAGAACCAGAAUAAAUAAAUAAAUAAAUAAAUAUAAAUAAAAUUAAAUAUUUUUUUAACCACCGCAAGUCCAUCAAAGCACAAAAACAAUAUUCAAAUUCAGAGAAAGAAAGAGAAGAAAUGGCAAUGGCAAUGGCGCUUCGCAGGCUCUCCUCUUCUAUUGACAAACCUAUUCGCCCUCUCUUCAAUGCCACCUCCCUCUAUUACAUGUCUUCGUUGCCUGAUGAAGCUGUGUAUGAGAAGGAGAAAUCUCAUGUCAGGUGGCCAAAGCAGCUCAAUGCACCGCUGGAAGCGGUGGACCCUGAGAUUGCUGACAUAAUUGAGCUCGAGAAAGCGCGCCAAUGGAAGGGGCUUGAACUCAUACCCUCAGAGAACUUCACUUCUGUGUCGGUGAUGCAAGCUGUUGGAUCAGUCAUGACCAACAAGUAUAGCGAAGGAUACCCUGGUGCAAGAUAUUAUGGAGGAAACGAGUAUAUUGACAUGGCAGAAUCCUUAUGUCAGAAGCGGGCAUUGGAAGCGUUUCGAUUGGAUCCUGCAAAAUGGGGAGUGAAUGUGCAGUCUCUAUCUGGGUCUCCAGCAAAUUUUCAAGUCUAUACUGCAUUGUUAAAACCUCAUGAAAGAAUCAUGGCACUUGAUCUUCCUCAUGGUGGGCAUCUUUCCCAUGGUUAUCAGACGGAUACCAAAAAAAUAUCUGCAGUGUCAAUAUUUUUUGAGACGAUGCCAUACAGAUUGAAUGAGAGCACUGGCUAUAUUGACUAUGACCAGUUGGAGAAAAGUGCCACUCUUUUCAGACCAAAGUUAAUAGUUGCCGGUGCUAGUGCUUAUGCUCGUCUAUAUGAUUAUGCACGUAUUCGCAAGGUUUGUGACAAGCAAAAAGCUAUACUGUUGGCAGAUAUGGCACAUAUUAGUGGAUUGGUUGCAGGUGGUGUCAUCCCAUCACCUUUUGAAUAUGCAGAUAUAGUGACCACCACAACUCACAAGUCACUUCGUGGGCCACGUGGAGCCAUGAUUUUCUUCAGGAAGGGUGUGAAAGAAGUUAACAAACAAGGUCAACAGGUGUUCUAUGACUAUGAAGACAAAAUCAAUCAAGCUGUCUUUCCUGGACUUCAAGGUGGCCCCCACAACCACACAAUAGCCGGAUUAGCAGUUGCAUUGAAACAGGCUACAACUACAGAGUACAAAGCUUAUCAAGAGCAAGUUCUUAGUAAUUGCUCAAAAUUUGCACAGACUUUAGUUGAGAAGGGAUAUGAACUUGUUUCUGGUGGAACUGAGAACCAUUUAGUUUUGGUGAAUUUGAAGAACAAGGGUAUUGAUGGCUCCAGAGUUGAAAAGGUGCUGGAAGCUGUUCACAUUGCUGCAAACAAAAACACCGUUCCAGGAGAUGUAUCUGCCAUGGUUCCUGGUGGCAUAAGGAUGGGAACCCCCGCUCUUACAUCUCGGGGAUUUGCUGAGGAGGAUUUUGUUAAGGUAGCAGAAUUCUUUGACGCUGCUGUGCAGUUGGCAGUGAAGAUCAAGGCUCAAACCAAAGGGACAAAGUUGAAGGACUUUGUGGCUACAAUUCCUACUUUCCAAUCUGAGAUUGCAAAACUGCGCCAUGAUGUUGAAGAGUAUGCUAAACAAUUCCCAACUAUUGGGUUUGAGAAAGAAACCAUGAAGUACAAGAACUGAGCAAAAACCCAUCUGCGUCAGGUUGUCCAACACUUGUCUUUUUAGAAUGCAUCAAGCAUCAAGCAUCAAGCAUCAAGCAUCAAGGGAAGAGGAAUAAUAAUGCAACAUAACUUUUUAAUUGUUUAGUUAAUUAUCCCUGGAAAAUAAUAAACUACAAACACAUGCACUUUCGUAGCGAAAGAAAAAAAAAUGCCACCGUUAUUCUCAUUUGCAAUUACAUGCCUGUAGUUCUACUGCUGCUUAUUUUUAACCUUAUUUAUCUCAUAAACUAUAUGAUGUUCUAAUUUCAUAUUUUAUGUCUACUUACAAUAUUUACGGAUUCUUUA